ACGUUUCAAGGACGUCUCCGUAGUAACCCUUGCCAAUGCUGCUUACGAGAUAACGGGGGAGUGGAAGGGAGCCGGGAUUUUCGGUGUCGGUGAAGGGAAUUUCGAGUCCAUCAUUGGAUUGGAACGGACCGGACGGUGCGUUGCUGAGACGGGAAGGCCCAGUCGGAGCGCCGGGAUUGUCAAACAUGUGGAAAGUCAGGGAGCUCGUGGACAAGGCCACGAAUGUGGUGAUGAACUAUUCAGAGAUUGAGUCCAAAGUUCGGGAAGCCACCAACGAUGACCCCUGGGGGCCCUCGGGGCAGCUCAUGGGGGAGAUUGCCAAGUCCACCUUCAUGUAUGAGCAGUUCCCCGAGCUGAUGAACAUGCUGUGGACCCGAAUGCUGAAGGACAACAAGAAGAACUGGAGGAGAGUGUACAAGGCCUUAUUGUUGCUGGCAUACCUCAUCAGAAAUGGGUCCGAGCGCGUAGUCACCAGUUCCAGGGAGCACAUCUACGACUUGCGUUCCUUGGAGAACUAUCACUUCAUUGACGAGAACGGCAAAGACCAAGGCAUCAACGUACGGCAGAAGGUGAAGGAGAUGAUAGAAUUUGUGCAGGACGAUGACCGGCUUCGGGAAGAGAGGAAGAAGGCAAAGAAGAAUAAGGAUAAAUACAUCGGGGUCUCCUCAGACAGCAUGGGGGGCUUCCGAUCCACCGGGGACAGGUACGACUCGGAGCCCAGGGGGAAGUGGGAGGAGGAGUGGGAUAAAAGCAAGGGCGCGUUCCCCUUCAGCGAGAAGCUGGGCGAGAUCGGCGACAAGAUCGGCAACACCAUCGACGACACCAUCAGCAAGUUCCGCAAAAAGGAGAGGGACGAGUCACCUGACCAGUGCAGCGAUGAGGAGGACCAGGUGUCCCGGAACGGACAACUUGGGAAGUCAGAUUUCCGGGACGAGGAGGAAACCACGACGCCCAAGAACGUCGUCAGCACGCAGCCCGCUGAGUCCUCUGCAGCACGCAGGCGGGGUGGAGGCCUGUCCAAGACGGUGGACCUGGGGGCUGCCGCCCACUACACAGGCGACAUGAGUAGCCCUGACAGGAGCUCACAGGUCACCCAGGGCACAGGGCCUGGGGGCAACCAGUCAACCAGCAGCGGCCUCGCUGACCUACUGAUAGUGGACUGUGGGUCAACUCAGACGGCACCAGCAAGUGGCAGCGCAGACUUGAUUGGGGGCUUUGCUGACUUCUCCAGCCCGGCGGCCUCUGCCAGUUUCGCCUCAGGAAGUGGCACCAGUGGAAAUGGCGAAUUUGGGGACUGGAGUGCCUUCCCCAGCACCCAGCCGGCUGCCACGUCCUCCCAGCCCCUCAACGGCCUGGGGGCGGACCUGUUCGCCAGCUCACCAGCAGCUCCUGCCCCUGCGCCCCCCACCCAGGCGCCCUCAGCCGACCUCUUCGACCUGAUGGGUCCGUCCCAGGCGGCUCUCAGCUCGUCCCAGAGCAUGGUCUUUGGCAUGGGCAGCACCGUGGGGCUCCCGAUGUCCAGAUCACAGCCUUUGCAGAGUUUCGGAGGUAGCCUGCUCUCACAGCAGAUGGGAGUUCAGAAACCCGGCUGUAAGGGCUCCUUCCCGGCCACGUGGUCGGAUCCCAGCGUCAACAUCAGCCUGGACUUCCUGUCCCAAAGCAUGCAGCAGCCCAAGGGGUCCCAGCCCACCCUCAACACCAUGAUCCAGCACCAAGGAAUGCAACCCUCCGUGAGCAACAUGGCCCAGACCUUUGCUGGAAUGAACCUCAACAUGCAGCCGGUGGCGGCUGGCCUCAGAGGUCCCGUGAACCCCAUGCUGGUGGGUGGAGGUGGCGGUGUACCCCUGGGGAUGGCGACGGGCACCGUGGGGAUGGCUCCCAUGGGGAUGAUGCCCAUGGGAGGAAUUAUGGGUAUGAACAUGAAUAUGAACAUGAAUAUGGGCCUGCCAGGUACGCUGGUCUCCGGCGUGCCCGUCAUGGGCAUGGGGCAGGGCCCCGCCCCCGCCAUGGUGCACCCCAGACAAGACGCCUUUGCUGAUUUUGGUAGCUUUGGUAAAUGAGGGCACGUGGAGGUUUGAUGCAACAAAAAAAAACUGAACAUUUUUCGACCGAAGACCCGAGGAAGAACAGGAGCUGCACACUAAGACUACUUGAAUGCUGGAUGUUGUUACCAUUUCGUGUGUGUGAGAAUGGUUGGGGGUGGGGGGGGGGGUUGGUAGUAAACAUGAAAAAACUGUCUGGAACACAAUUUUAAACGAGAACGGUGUUUUUUUUUUUCCCUUUUCUUUUCUUCGUUUCUCAAGUAUUGCCGGGGUUUUACGAUGUGUCAAAACCGCUUGGAUUGCAGUGGGGGAGAAGCGGUCGUUUGAGACGCAUUUCCUCGUCUUUGUGGGGUUUUCUCAUCAUUGUUACUCUGCAAAUUACCUCACUUUGUUGUGGUUCACAGCUUCAGUCGGAGCCGUCUUUGUCCGCUGUGAGAGAGAAGAUAUGGUGCAAAAAAUGACUGAAUUGACUAGUCUGAACUAGUAUUUUAUUAUUAUUAUUAUUAUUAUUCAUGAAUAUAUUCUUUUGGCAAGUUACCUUGCCAUGUUCAAUUAAAAUGGUCUUUAAACUUUCACGAGCUAUUCAUAUAAGAAAAAUAUGAAUAAAAUGUGUAUGGUAUAAAAAGCCUCUCUUGACCACAGAGUACCUGUGGCUUUUAAAAAAAAAUAUUACUUAAAAGACAAAAUUUACAUAUUUGUCUCAAAAUACACAGCAUCUGUUAUGGUUCCGUCCGGAGGGUGUGUGAGGGGGUGCCUGGUGAUAUAUUGGAUAGUAUUUUACAUUUUUAAAAUGUAAAAAGUGUUUCUUUUGCUGCAGUGCAUAUACAUUUUGUAGUUUUAAUCUGGGAGCUGUAACCCUGGGACAUGAUUGCAUUCUACCUGAAUUCAGGGGCUCCCGGGAUUUUACUGUGUGUCUGCGUGUGUGUUUGUGUGCGGUUUCCAUGUUGUAUACACUAAAAAAAAAAAAAAAGACAUAAUUUUUCUUUUUCAUUACGCAGAUGAAUAGUAGCCUUUUAUCACACCCUGAGACAUCUCGCAUUCGAAAUGACCAUAUUUAUCUCGCUAUUGCUUUCUGAAGUUUAAACUAGGUCCACGUGGAUGAAUUUUAUACCUAAUCGUAGUCACAGACAUGCUGGGAUGGAACAGUUAAUGUGGGCUGCGGGUUCAUGCAGAUGUAAAGUGGGAAGAGUGCCCUUUUGUUAAAUAAAAAGCAUAUCUCUUUUUAA